UAAAUCGCUUUCGGACUUAAUCACACUCGAACAGAAAGUAGUUUCAGAAACCUAACCUAACUUAACAAAUUGAAAUGUGUGGAAUAUUUUGUUUAUUAUCAUACGACAAAAACAAUGAAGAAACAUUACUCAACAAGUUUGAGCUGUUCAAAGAGCAAAUUUCGCGAAGGGGCCCAAAUUCGUUAAACACUGACUUUUGCGAGCUAAAUAAUUGCAAUAUUUUGUUUGGUUCAAGUGUCUUGUGGCUUCAAGGGACUGAUAUUACGACACAACCUUAUAAAAACGACAAUUCUGUCUUUGUGUACAAUGGGGAUGUUUUUGGGGGUUCCCAAAUCGGACGACAAUUAGAAAAUAGUGGUGCGGGAGAUACGAGACUAUUUUUUGAAGCUUUGGAAAAUUCGGAGGAUAUUUUAGAGACAUUAGGUGGUAUUGAGGGGCCCUACGCCUUCGUGUACUUAAAUAGAACACAAAAUAGGCUUUAUAUUGGCCGUGACGUUUUUGGCAGACGUAGUCUUCUAAUCGGCAGAAAUCAAAAUGAACUUGUAAUUUCGAGUGUUGCCAAAAGGGGUACACAGUUUGAGUUUAAGGAAGUGCCAAGUAUUGGCAUAUUUUUCAUUGAUCUUGAUACAAAAACGUGGAAGAUUUUUCCAUGGCGUCGGAAAAACAAAAACUUCACUGAAAAAUUACAGGAAUUUGAGUUAUUUAUUAGUCAGACUGUGUUAACACAAUCUGUUACAUUUGACCAAAAUAAAAUCUUCAUUCCUCCUAGUGAAACACAACUAAAACUGUUGACUGAAAUUUUAAAUCUGCCAGCGGGUGAUUUAUUUAAUUUUUUGUUUAAUUCCCCGUUUAUGAAAAAUAUUUUACAAUUGAAAGAACUUCUCAAAAACAGUAUAAAAAGACGUAUUUUGACCCAACCAAAAUUUUGCCAAAAUUGUUUCAAAAAAUACGACUGUGAUCAUGCAAUUACUGGAAUUUUAUUUUCGGGGGGUGUCGAUUGUGCCGUUUUGGCCCUUCUUGCGAGUACAAUAAUCGACCCUUUGCGUCCUAUUGACUUAAUUAAUGUGGCUUUUGAAAGGGGGGGUUCUUAUGAUACCCCCGAUCGUAUUACCGGAUUUAACACCCUAACAGAAUUACAAAAUUUGUGUCCUAACCGGAAAUGGAAUUUCGUUCAAGUUAAUGUAACACGAGACGAGUUAGACCAGUGUAGACGUGCCCGAAUUUCCGAUUUAAUUUAUCCAUUAAAUUCCAUUCUUGACGAUAGUUUAGGUUGUGCUUUGUGGUUUGCCAGCCGAGGAGUAACCCCGGAUUACACAUCGCCUUGUAGAACUUUGUUGGUAGGGAUGGGAGCCGAUGAGCUAUUUGGGGGCUACACGAGACACCGAGCUGCGUUUCAAAAAAACUCUUGGGAGGGUUUGAACGAAAUUUUGGACGAAGAUUGGCAAAAUUUGCCUUAUAGAAACUUAGCCAGGGAUGACCGAAUGGCCUCAGACCAUGGGCGACAACUCAGAACGCCUUAUUUGGACGAAGAAGUUGUGACAUUUAUACGCAAUUUGGACACUUGGGACAAGACCUUUCCGUCAAUGAAAUUGCAAGGAUUUGGGGAGAAAAUUCUGCUUAGAAGCCUUGCGUAUCAUUUGGGACUUACAAACGCCGCUGUUUUAAAAAAACGGGCUUUGCAAUUUGGUUCAAGGAUUGCAAAUUCGAAAGAUAAGGGACACGAGAUUUCUCACAAUUUAGUAACUUAGUUGCAAUAAAAAAUUGGAAAGAUUUAAA